CCCGAUUUGAAAAUUGAAUUUAUAUACUUAUUUAUGUAAAAUUGAAUUAAUAAAUCUUGCUGUAUAUCAUUUCCUCCGCUUGUCUUUCUCUAAUCUCUAUCGAUUACUCCAACAAAGUUACUUUCAUUUUUUCUCAUAAGGUAAAUUAGAGAAAGUGGCAGUAGGAGUUAAGGGAGUGAGGAGGCAUGGCUAGAGUUGCAACAGAAGAGUCUGGAGUUGGAAAGUCAUCUGGAGGAGUUUCAAGUGGACAACAACAGCAGCUGAGAAUUCAAUCCGGGGAAGCAAUAGCUGAAUGGAGAUCUUUGGAUCAAGUCGAAAAUGGGAGUCCAUCUACUUCGCCUCCUUAUUGGGACAUUGAUGAUGAUGGAGGGCAAAAACCAUCUGAUUUAUAUGGAAAACAUACGUGGAAGAUUCACAAAUUCUCGCAAAUAAACAAAAGAGAGCUUCGGAGUGAUACAUUUGAGGCUGGGGGCUAUAGAUGGUACAUUUUGAUAUACCCACAAGGCUGUGAUGUCUGCAAUCACCUCUCCUUGUUUCUUUGUGUUGCAAAUCAUGACAAGCUUCUUCCAGGGUGGAGUCACUUUGCUCAGUUCACUAUUGCUGUGGUGAAUAAGGAUCCUAAGAAAUCUAAAUAUUCUGAUACAUUACACCGGUUCUGGAAGAAGGAGCAUGACUGGGGUUGGAAGAAAUUUAUGGAGCUGUCAAAGUUAUUGGAUGGGUUUAUUGAUGCCGAUACUUUGAUAAUUAAAGCUCAAGUUCAAGUUAUUAGGGAGAGGGCAGACCGGCCAUUCCGUUGUCUUGACUGUCAGUAUCGGAGGGAACUUGUUAGAGUUUAUUUCACAAACGUUGAACAAAUCUGCCGGCGUUUUGUUGAAGAACGCAGGGCCAAACUGGGAAAGUUGAUAGAGGAUAAAGAUAGGUGGUCAAGCUUCCGUACUUUCUGGCUGGGAAUGGACCAAAGUUCCAGGCGCUGCAUGUCCCGUGAAAAAUCAGAGUCAAUUUUAAAAGUCGUUGUGAAGCAUUUCUUCAUAGAAAAAGAAGUCACAUCUACCCUUGUCAUGGAUUCACUGUAUAGUGGUUUGAAGGCCCUUGAAGCCCAGAACAAGGGUAAGAAUAAGAAGAGCAAGGGGAAGUACUUAGAGGCAGAAGAAUUAUCUGUUCCUAUUGUUCACUUUGAGAAAGAUACAUUUGCCUUGGUAGAUGAUGUGUUGCUACUUCUUGAGAGGGCUACUGUAGAACCCUUGCCUCCGAAGGAUGAGAAAGAUCCUCAAAAUCGUACAAAGGAUGGGACUGCUGGAGAGGACUUCAACAAAGAUUCUAUUGAGCGUGAUGAGAAACGACUUACUGAAUUGGGUCGGAGGACUAUAGAGAUAUUUGUCUUAGCGCACAUUUUCAGUAAAAUUGAAGUUGCGUACCAGGAGGCUGUUGCAUUAAAAAAGCAAGAAGAACUCAUUCGUGAAGAGGAGGCAGCCUGGCUUGCAGAUCUUGAACAAAAAGCGAGGCGUGGAGUUGCGGAUAAGGAAAAGAAGUCCAAGAAAAAGCAGGGCAAACCUAAACGAAAUAAUCGCAAAGGCAAAGACAAGGGACGGGAUGAAAAGACUACCAUGAGCACUGUGCAAGACAAGAUUGAUGAAGAUAAUCGUGAUGAGAUGAAAGAGUUAGCUGCAGUGCCAGAAAUUGUGCUCGAUAAGUCUAAGGUUGUUGAAGAUGUAUCUGAUGUGUCUGGUUCUGCAGAUUAUGCUCCCGAACUAUCUCCACAAGAGUUAGAGGACAGAGAUGCGAGUCCUGUCAAUUGGGAUACUGAUAAUUCUGAAGUACAACCUCCAAUGGAAUCUGGUAGUAGUGGGAUUUCAGGUGUUGUACAAAAUGGAAUGAAAAGAAAAGGUCCAUCAGUAGUGGAUGAUAGCUCGUCAACUUGUUCCUCUGACUCGGUUCCUUCUUCUGUUGCGAGUGUAGCUCAUAAUUGGAAAUUGAGUUACCACAAUAACCAAAACUCUCCAAGCAGGGGGUGGAACAACAAAAGCAAGUUAAAUUCCGGAUCAACUGAUUGGGGUAAUGUAGAACCUAGUCAACCUGUGCUAGAUGCAAGGCACUCAAAUGAUGCAUCCCAAAGUACUCGUCCUCAGGCUCCAGUUCAGUCUCUGCCAGAUAGGGUGGCUAAUGGUGUCCAGCAGAGAGUGGGGAAAAAGGAUGACGAAUCACGACCAUUUCAGAGAAAUCUGAGCUGCAAAAGCCCAACAAGCGAUACAAAUUCAUGCAGCAAAAGUGCAGCACGCGUAACGUCCCCAUCCAGAAGCCCUUCAAAAAUCACCCCAUUAAUCUCUCGUCUAAAUCCAGACACCAAGGCAGACAUCACUAAACCAGCUCAUAACACCACUUCAGAAACUAGCAACCCUCAUAAAUUUACAACUCCAAAACCUGCCGUUGUGAAGCUUCCAACGCAAGAAGCACCCCUCAGUGCUCGGCCUUCUGUCUCUGUGGUCCAAACUUCACCUGUUUUGGCUCGUUCUGUAAGCUACCGAAAUGCAAUUAUCAGUGGGCCCACCACAUAUUCCCAAAACCCUUGUGCUACUACUUCCAUCGUGAACUCGUACUCACACGCGCCUUCCCAAUCCCAGCUUUUCCAACAACGGGCCGAACCCAACCACUCUUUGGGUUACAUUACGGGCCCAAAUGGGCCUGCGGGCCAGGCCCAGGCCCACGUGAUGCCAGAUGAGUUUCCUCAUCUGGACAUUAUAAACGACCUGCUUGACGACGAGCAAUGCAUCGGGAACAGCUCAGGCUAUGAGAGGAGGAGCUUUGGAGGUGGGCCCCACUACCUCAACAGACAUUACAGCUUCCCAAGGCCCUAUUUGCUCGAUGGCUUUGUUCCAGGCCAGUGGCAGAUGGGCGGUGGUGGUUUUGUGAGUGCAAAUAUUAUGGGAAGUGACGGUGGUGAAUAUCCGUAUCGUGUAACAGAGUAUUCGAACGUUAGUGUCGGGAUCAAUGGUUAUCACACGGCAUACAGGCCGUCGAAUGGGCUUUGAAGAUAUGAUUAUAUUGAUUGUGUAUGUACACACAUAGGGACGGUGUAUACUCUGGCUUUGUAAUAAUUUAUCAGAAGCAUUUGGUGUUUUAAGAUUUGCUUUUGGGGCGCUAACUUUCGUGGUGAUUCUGAAUAAUAUUAAGUCUCAAUGGAAGUGCUGGGCAUCUGAGUUUGAAACUAACCUUAUUGGCUUCCUGUUUGGUGAUUUACUUCGCGUACUGCAACUGGAGAGAAUGAGAAAGCAUUUGAUCAUGUAAGUAUUCGGACUUUUGAAUUAGGAUUGCAUAAAAUUUUACAAAAAUCAGAAUUGAUGAGAUCAAUAUUGUCAGUUAAAAAGUAAAGUUGGAGGUGCCAUAAAUAGUACGUAGAAUACGUGUUUUGAUGUUGUGUGGCAUGUGCAUGAUUAUCAAAUGUGCGACCUCUUUGUAUAAUUAUUAUGUUGCCUGCAAAUAAA